AUCUCCAUCUUCGUUGCACAAUCCUGUAUCACACAACAAUUGUCGUUAAAAAUUACAAAACAGGAUGCAUCCCGAAUAAGACACCCAACAGAAAUAAGAUUGCACUGUAAAUGAGGAACGAGCAAAACGUCCCGAAGGACCACCUCGGCCGAGAGUCGCACGUGGCCGCAUCGAGUGGCAGUAGUGCGCGUACCAUUGGGUAGCGUGAUGACGCAAGGGCUCAUAGAAACCACAUUAGACAAAUAUGAGAUAUUACCGGUCAUGAGAUGAGAAGCGCCGCUAUCAAUAAGCCACUCACGAGAAGAAGAAUCCCCGCUAGGGCCAGAAACCUUUUCAGAUGGAGAAGAAUCAAGCAUGGAAAGCAGGCGCGUCAUUUGAUCGGGUGUGAGGCCGAGGGUGUUGGAAUUCGUCGCCAAGUGUGCUCCCCCUGUCGCCGUGCCAGACCCAUGGCCACGAGCUCCACUGCCGCUGGUAGUGCCACGGCCGCCACUCCGUCCUCCUCGGCUGGGUGUGCUGCCACGACCCCGGCCCUUCCCCGGAGGGUACCCAUGUAUUUAAUAACAUCUAUCCACCGAAUGCCCAUCCUUCCCGCAAUGAGUACACGAAUAAUGAGGCGGAUCACCACGACCCGCGGGAAGUGUGGGGCGCUGCAUGGCAAAGGCCACCGCGUCCGUGCGGUCAUCCCGACCGCGGACGAUACUCUUGUGCUGUUCUUCUUGGACAAUCAAUGCAUACGCCCGGUGUUUAUCCGGAACAGGUUCGGUAGCUAUGAUCUGAGAACGGAUGUGACCAAACUGUUCAUCAUCUAGACCAAGUAAAAAAUGAUGAGUUUUCUCCUGCUCUUCCUGAGCACGGAUCAAGGCCGCGGCUUCACAGCGACAGCCGCAGGUGGGAUCAACAGAACCAUAUAAUUUGUUCCACAAAGUCACAAACUGGUUAUAAUAACCAACCACAGUUUGACCUUUUUGACGCAGAGAUUGGAACUCGGAUUUUAAUUGAUGCACACGAGGACCAUUGGAUCCCCCAUAUCGAGUCUUCAAAUCCAACCACAAUUCAUGAGCAACCUUAUGAGAAAUAAUUGACGGUUGAAUAU